AUAUACUAUAUAGCCUGUAGCGUGCGUUGCAGUGGGCGCCGCCUCACCCGCACAGCGACCGAACCCGAAGCGCGCCACCGUAUAUAAUAUUAUCACGCCAACGACGACGGGGAUGAUAUUACGGGCGAGCAGUGUAUGCACAGCAGUCGUCGUCGCCGUUCGUUGUUUCAAAAGCAUAAUAUUCGAAUCUACCGCGCUCGCUCUCUCGGUGACGGAAUCAUAAUAUUAUAUUGGAUCGUAUCAACCAGCCGCGCAUGUCGUCCAACACUAAUUACCAUCAUUGUGUGCUUGUUUUUCUCACCGAAUUGUGAUAGCGUACGAUAUGACAAAGCUCGGUAAAGACCGACAACGACGACGUCGAUGCGACAUCAAAGACUUCGCGGUCUUCAUUUCGCCGACAAUAAAAAAUAUCGGGAUACCUGCAGCAGCGGGGACGGGAGCUGACGGAACGCUGCAGCCGGCGAUACCGGAACAACAACGGAUCUUGUCGUUAUAAUAUGAACCACGGAGAGUCGUAUACUUAUCCGCGAGCACCUAAGUCACAGCAGGAUUUGACGAUAUCUGCAGACAAUACACGGUGUACCGCAGCAGCUACUUCGCGGGGCUUUGAGUGAGUCCCACACCGCGGCUGCUGCAGCGAGACGUCCGGUCGGCCAUCGCCCGGUGAUGGGGCAUCACAGUGUCACCGUCGAGUCGGCAACCAACGCGUACGCUGCACCGUCGCCGGCCAACGGCACAACAACUCUGCGGGACGUGAUCGGCACCGCCGUCGUGGCCGGCUGCAACCCGCACCGCAACGCCAACAUCACUACGAGUAACGGCGGCGGCGGCGGCGCCGGAAAUUGCACGGGCGCAACCGGUGCGGUAGCGAUGCGCAACGGAACGGUCGCGCCGCACGGCCGGUCGGCCAGCGAUUACUAUUACUAUUAUUCGUACGACAACGUCACCGAGACGGCAAUGUUCUUCCCGCUCAACGGCACCGCGACCGGCGGACCGGCGACGCCGUUCGGGAAAUCCAACUGCCAGUGGAUACCCGCCCAGCAGAGCCUGUUCCAGUUCUCCAACAUAUGUUUCCUGACCGCUUUCAUCGUUCCCAGGAGUUACAAGCUCAGCGUGUUGUCACUGAGGGCGUUGCUGUUCUUAGGGUUUCUGAUCUCGGGACUUUGGGCGUCCACGGACGUGUGCGCGGCAGAUGCCUUACUCUGGUACGGAUCACUGGCUUUAAUCAACGGCGUGCACACUCUUAAACUGUGUAAAAAGCUCAUGCCGCCCGCGCUAUCGGUCGAAUUAAUGGAACUGUAUUUGCGGGUGUUCAAGCCGCUCAAAGUCAGCCAGAAACACUUUCGGGAGCUCACACGAGAGGCGGUUAUCGAGGAAUUGUCGCCCGGAGAGUGUUACGCAGUCGAAGCGGUGACAGCCUGCGAUCAACGACUGUCCAUUCUACUCAGAGGCAGGUGUAGUGUUACUUGCGAAGGUACACAGUUGCACAAUAUCAGUUCGUAUCAAUUUAUCGAUUCACCUGAAUGGAUGGCUUCAGCUCUAAUGCAUGGAGAAACUAUGUUUCAAGUAACGAUAACGGCUGCUGAAGAUUGUGUUUACUUGUGUUGGCAACUUUCGAAGCUCAAUCGAAUAUUUAAACACCGAACUCAAUUGCACGCUGUACUUACUAGCAUCAUAGGCAAAGACAUAACGCACAAAAUGUACUCGUUAAACGAGCAGCUUGGACAAGCAAAAAGUUUCGAUGACCAGACGCGUGCUGCGCGUAACGAUCAUUGGCGACAAGCGAUUUACAGGAGCGUUAGCUACGACGCUGUCAACACGGGAACCAAAGGAACGGUCAGAUCGAAUGCUUGGAAACGAUAUAGAGACCGAAAGGCGUCGUUGUUUGCGGAUCCCGGAGAAAGUCCGGUACAUGGUCCGCGGAGGUGUUGGAUACCGGUGUUGACCACGCAGCUUUCGGACAGCACCACGGCGUACGUCAGUAUGGACGGGCAAUCGUCUUCGGCGGACGAAGAACGCGAACCGAUGUUGCCAUGCAGGGACCAACAGUCGGACGACAUACCGCUGUACCGGUUGGACGGGCAACACCAGUCGGCCGCCGCGUUGGCUUCGAUACCGACGAUUGUGGCAGAGGCGAUCGGCCUGGAGCUAAACGUCGAUGCCGCACAGCAGCGACCACGGCGGCCCGGCUCGUUGCGGCGACAAAACAGCAACAUCAUCAACGGUGAAGUGAUAUUCGACGAGACGGUACUUUAAACGGCGGCGUACCUAUAUACGAGUCGUCAUUGUAAGGCUCGGGGAUUAAGUGCAUUUGUAUAUGGUUUUUCUCUCUGUCCAAUUUGUUGUUAAAUAAUGGCUACAAAUUUGUUUUACGGCGCAAUAAGAAUUAAUUCGUGGUUUUUUUUUUUUUUUUAAAAAUAAUACCUAUGCGAUUUUAAGGAUUUAUUAUUAUGGUCAUACCUAGACGUUACAACAGAGAUCAUUAAUUAUUAAUACAUUUAUGAAUUAUGAUAAAAAAAAAUAAAAUCUAAAAACACGGUACCUAGAUAAUUAAUCUCAAUCUAAUAGUAUUAUCUAUAUAACAAUAAUAUAUGAUGUUCCAUAAUUUAUGAAUUUAUUUAUUCAUACCUAUAUAAACGUGUCUCUAUCUUCGUGGUCUUAAUUUUCUUUAGAAUGGAUACAAAAUAAUCACAAAUAACCAGUUAAUUAAUCAUUUUUUUUAACGUAUAUUUAUAUAGUUUUAUAAAAGUAUAUUAUACACUAAUCAAAUUUAAAUAUGAAUAAGUUGAUUUCUGAAAUUUUCCAAAUUUCUAUCUUAGUUUCAUGUUUUUUUUUAGUAUGAAUAAAUUUAAAAAUCAGUAAGUUUAAAUGUAAUGUUUCUACUUUGGUAAUAACUAAUUUUAAAUCAUAAUUAUACAACUAAUUUAUUAAUAAAGAUAUUGAUUAGUGAAAUUGAAUAAAAGGCAAAAGCGGUAAAUUUUGUUUGAUAUCAUUUUAUAGCCACCACGAUAGAUAUCCAAAUAUGAAGUAAUUAUUAUCAAACUUAAGCUUUUUUAUUUAUUAUAAUUUAUAACAAAUAUAAUACGAUAUAAGAAAUAUAACUAUUUUCACAAAAUACUAUAAUAUUUAUAAAUACUAUUAAAUACUUAUCAAGUAUCAACUAUAAAAUAUACAGAUCAAUGAUUAUUUAUUAUCUGGUAUUUCAAUCAGCACUUGGCAGUCAUCAAUGUUAUGAAACAUAAGAUUUUUGCAGUGAAUACAUAAAUAACUAGCUAAUUAGUAAUUACCUACUCUCUAACAGUAUAAUUAAUUGAAAAAGACAUUGCGUUUAUACUAUUUAGAGUUCUUCAAAGCUCAAUCGUCAUUAUGUUUUAAAAUAGUUUAUUUUAUUUUUCAUGUUAUUGUGUAAUAGAACUAUUAUCAGUUUCGUUUUGAAUUAUAAAGUAAUAAUGGAAAUAACCGUGAUGCCCCUUAUUGCCUCGAAGACAAAUAUAAUAUAUAAAUAAAAAUAAAAUAAAUUUUAAAUUAUUAUAAUUUCCCGAGCCUUAUAAACUACACUUAUGUACUUACAAUACAUUGAUAUGACGAUUGCUGUUUUAUAAUAUCAAUGUAAUUUUAUAAAAUGUACGUUAAGUUUGAGAAUAAUGUGAUCCAUCUUAAGUAACUUAAGUUAAGUUACGCUAUUUACAAAAUAUAAAGUUACUAAAUACUAAUUAAUAAUAUUAAUAGUUUAAUACCAGUUACUAAGGCUAAUACAUUAUUAAAUAAUUAUGGAAACAUAAUAUUAUAUAAUAUAACUUAAUUUAAAAUAAUACUACAAUACUGCAAUUUACGAGUGGAGAGCAGUAACUUGUAAAUAGUAAUGGUUAAAACAAAAAAAAAUUAUUUAUUUAUUUUACUGUUGUAAUUAAAUUAUAUGCCCAAAUUAAAAACAUAGGUACUUUUUUUUUAAUAAUCAACAAACUUUUUGUAUCAUUAUGAAGUCAAUGGUUUUUAUUUUCGUAUUUCUGAAAUUCAGAAAAAAAAUUAUGUUCCUAAAUAAUUAUUGAAUUCGUACAAAAUAAAGAAAAUGAACGAUAUUUUUUAUUUUACCAAAUGUCUGGCUAUCGCGCAAUUUUCGAAACGAAUGUAAGGUCUUACUAAAUAUCAACGAAUUACCUAUGAGAUUUAAUGUUAAUGAUUCAAGUUGAAUCAUUCAAUUAAAGUAAGCAUUUUGAUAUUUACACUAAUCAAGUAAAAAUAAUUGUAAAUCUAGUACUAUAUUGUGUACACCAAACUAAAUCAUUAUAUUAAAAGAUUAAAAAUAUUAAUUAUAUUUACAAUAAAUAACUGAAUAUUUGAUGUGUUUAGAAAGUAAAUAUAAGUACUUACCUUAUUUUACUUUUUAUUGAUGCCAUGCAUAUAAAGUUGAUCAGUUAAAUGCAAGACAAUCGCAACAAAUUAAUAUCUCUUAUGUACAAGUUGUUGGCGGCAAUACUUUGUUUUUAAAUUUAACAUUUAAUAUGUUUUUACAAACUGAUGACUUACUCUUAAAAUACUAGCGCUGAGCGUUUAAAAAUUAUAUUUAACGGUUUUUGAUAAUACUUAUACAUAAAACAAGUUUACUGGUGUCACUUAAUUAUUGUUGUUUAAAUUAAUAAAUAAUUUUUUUUGAUAAGUAAUUUGUUAUUUUAGAUUGUGUGAUUACCAGUUAAAUCAAAUAUAUUCAAACAUUUUAAAUAAAUCACUUUGUUAAGUUUUUUUAGAUUUUCGAAUAUUGACAUGUUGUAUAAUUGAAUUGAAGUGUAUCGUAUAAUAUAUUAUUUGCUAUAAAAUGCUCAUCAGUUCAUCUUAGUAAUGAAUUGUUAUAGAAUGCAUUAAAAAAAAAUAUAAUAAUAUUUCACAUAAAAUGCUUUUUUUUAGUUAGAAUACUAAACAAUCUAAUACAUAAUAUUCAUUAUUUUGUAAGUAUAUAUAUUAUAAUAUAUAUUUACAGAAAUGUUUCGAGUAACCGUAUAUUAUUAUAUUAUGUUGCUCAGUGUUUAAUAAUAGAUUUUAAAUUUAAAAAUACAGUAUGGAAUUACAUUUAAAUGAUAUUUUACAUUGUAUUAUUGUGUAUUAUUGUUAUAUUGAGGCUCAUCUUUCUAUACCUAUAAACAUUAUCCUAUAUUGCUACAUUACUUUUAGGCAAUCAUAAUGAGACUAUUUUUAUUAAGCACAGAUUUCAAUUAAAUACAAAAAAAUAACAGUGGAAUGAUAAUGUUGUAUUCAUUCUGCUCACAAGCAAAACGCUUGAUCUUUUAGAUAUUUUUAAAAUGUACAAAGAGAUAAAAUAAAAAUAAAUCUGGAAAUGUUAUUGCUAUUAACUACUUAAGGUUUACAAAUGUGUGUGUGUGUGUGUGUGCAUUUUGAAAUAUUUAUUUAUAAACUAUGAUAUUGGAUUACAAUUAUUAACAAACUAUUGAAUUUUUAUUAAUGUGAUUAUUUUUAAAAAGCAGCUUUUUAUAAACAAAAUGUUUUGUAUACAUUAUUUUCAUAGAAUUGAUGGAAAAUAGAAAAAUUUAAUGUGUUAUAAUUGUUGAAUGUUAUAAUUAGAAUUAAUAAAAUCAAAAAUCGAAUGAUA